CCCAUUCAUACUUAUUCUUCAGGUUUCAACAAGCAGUGAUGGAAGGUUUAAUUCCUUACCUCAUCCACGCCAUGAGGAAGCAAAAGCCCCGCCACCAUUACAGGUCGGCGUCGCUUGGAUCUAGCAGCCGUAGCUACCACUUGUUAAUGGGACAGCAGGAGUCGGUGGAGGGAUCCUCUCACCGCCGAACAAGGUCCGAGUUCCAGCCGCCUGCAACGGUGGAGCUCUUCCAGCAGAGGUCAGGUUUUGGGCACAGAGACGGUUCCUCUUCCUACGUGAUGGGUGGCUCAAAUGCUCAUCAGCAGAAGUCAACGGGGAAUAGUACUGUUCAUGUUUCCGAUGUUGGACGAAGAUGAUUGUGUUGUUUUAAACUUCAAGCAAAGACAUGUUUGGUUUUGUUGAUUUGUAGGGGGUGUUGUGAAAUAUUGUAAAGUUGCGAAUGACAAAUAAAUCAAUGCCUUUGCCUUUAAUUGUA